AAUGACUUCCAAUUUGAAUGAGCCAUUUAUAAUCGUUAAAAAUUAUAGACAGCAAUAACAAGAAGCAAAAAAAGAAUAAUCUAAAGUUAAACCAGCCCCUAAGCCAAAGGAACUAUCAAAAAAAAUUGUAAAACCAAAAAAAAUAAGUUAAACUCCAUAGUUUUAGCAACCAAUUGCCUAAAAAUUAGACCCUUAACUCUUCUCAAAACUUUUGUAAUAACAUUAGCAAUAACAACUUAUGUUUUAAUAAUUGUUACAAAAUCCUUAAGUCAAUUAGAUUAGUGGCUAAGAUGAUGAUUUAGAUUAAUAUUCACCUGUUUAUUUAUAUGGAAUUCCAAAAACUCCUUAAAAUAUAGCUAUUCCAAGAGGUUCAACAGGAGAUGAGGAUGACUUUAAAAUCUGA